AAAUACUGUAUUCUUCUCUCUCGCUUAGAAGAAUAAUAAAGUUUUAUUACAUUACAUGGUCAAAGUUAUCGAUACGGUAAUAGCGACAUUGGCUUUUUAGUUAAAAAAAAUGUCAAAUUGAAGAAAGGGUAUUUGCUUCUUGGACCAUCAUUAACUUCAAUCUUUUAUUUGAAAUUUUUAGUUUGGUUAAAAGACGUUUCUUAACUUUUCUUAAAUUUUUAAUUAGGAAAAGUUAAGAACCGUCUAUUAAAUAAGAGAUCAUCAACGCAGAAAUGUGGACACAGUUUCAUAGUAAACAAUAUUUUUAUUUUCCAUCCGAUUAUAAAAAAAAAUAAAAAAAAAAGAACCAAUCGCGGGUUGCCACGUGUUAGUAGGACCCGUGAACAGUCAAAAAAACCAGACAAGAUCGAUCCUUAUUUCACAAUUUAUGUAACCGAUUUUCUCCCUUUUGUGGAGCCCACGCCAGUAAAACCCACUAUACACUCCCUUUAAAAAACUUUGAUAAUGGUGGUCUAACAUCCGUCUCUUAGCCGAAAAGUGUAAAAAAAAAACCAAAUCAUGAGUUAAAACCCCGGCUAAAAAACCGGGAUUAAUCAUGCCCUAAUUCCUCUCUCUAUGUAUCUAUCGUCGUCUUCACUGAAAUCCCUUAGAGCAUCUCCAAAAACCCGUUUGGCAAAACUUCAAAUAUAAGGUUUGAGGGUAUUUCUCUCCGAAAGCAAAACCUUUGCGCCAUGCCAGAUCGUCCCCCAAGGUCCAUUGUAGCUGAUCAAGACUUGCCUAUAAAGCAGGCAUUGUCCCAGGUCUUUCUCGGAGCACAUCAUCGUUACUCAGCUUGGCAAAUCAGGGAGAAAGAAGGAGAGAAUCUCAGACCUUUUCCAAGCGAAUUCAAGUACGAGUACGAGAAAUGUAUAUACCAGACGCAGACUAUGGUGGAGUUUGACUCGGUUUGGAACACUCUCAUCAACAAGUACAGUCUUAGAGACAACGUUUGGCUCAGAGAAGUCUACGAGCACCGUGAGAAUUGGGUUCCUGCGUAUCUAAGAGCAAGCUUCUUAGCUGGAAUAAAUACCAAUAAGCGGAGCCAUAGAGCCAUUCUGUGGCAUUUCUCUUGGCGCUCUGACGCCUCUCGAAGAGUUCAUUCCCGGUAUGAACAAGGACUUGAGCAAAGACGUGAAGAGGAAAAAAAAAAGAGGAUUUCUACUCUUACAACUUGCAGCCGUUUCUGCAGACGAAAGAGCCUGUGGAUAGGGGUUGCAGGAGGCUCUACCCGCUGACCGUCUUCAGAAUCUUCAAGAACGAGCUCGUACAGUCUUACAACUACCUUUGUUUAAAGACUUACGAAGAAGGAGCUGUGAGUAGGUUCUUGGUGAGAAAAGAGAGUGAGAAAGAUGUUGUGACGUUCAGUGCGUCGAAUCUCAGCUCGAGUUGUAGCUGGAAAGAUAUAGAGUUUGGGACUUCGUCUCUGGAGAAGUAUAAGCUUGCUUAUGAAAUUAUGCGUGAGGGUGGGAAGAAACUUUGUUGCCAGAGAUGAGAAGCUCGGUUUGAAAAAUGUAAUGUAAUGUAAUAUCAUGUUAUUAAAUCUCUUUGUUCUUGACAUUCACUAGUUGUAUUAACCCAACGAGUUUAAUUAGUGGAUAUGAGAGUCUUUACAUAGUUUCAGAUAGUGCCGUAUACAAUCAAGGUAUAGAAUAAAAAUAAAUGAAUACAAUAGACGAUGAAAACAUUAUAAUAUACACACACAAGAUACAAAUUACACAAUCACAAACUCUCGGUUUAUGUGUAAACAGUUUUUUAAGAAGAUGGAAAAUACAACCAAACCAAUAUA